AUGACUUCCUGGCUACGCACAUACGACUGCGCCCGUCUGUGCCUCCUGCUCUGCUGUUUGGUGGUCAUUUCCAGCGGAGAAUCCUUCAGUCCCGGUGACAGUGUGUGCCGGUCUCCCGGCAUCACCUCUUGUACAGACUGUCUUCGACGUGGACCACGGUGUGCCUGGUGUUUCAAAGAGGAUUUUCUAGAUGGGGCGAGGCUAAGCCAGCGCUGUGACUUGCCAGAUAACCUGCUCAGGAGGGGCUGUGCACUGGAGUUCAUGGAGCAGUCAGAGGUCAAAGUGGAGGUCAAUGCCACCAUCAGCAGCACACAAGUUUCCCCAAGAGACAUCAGUAUCACCCUCAGACCAGGUUCAGCAGCCAGUUUUGUUGUGUCGGUGAAGCAGCUGGAGCGUUAUCCCGUGGAUCUGUACUACCUGGUGGAUGUAUCGGCUUCUAUGCAGGAAAACCUUGAUCAUCUAAAGACGGUGGGUGUAGCUCUGUCCCUUCGUAUGACGGAGCACUCUUCAGACCUUUGGCUGGGUUUCGGCUCAUUUGUGGACAAGCCUGUUUCUCCUUACAUCAACGUUCAUCCUUCUAAGAUCAGCAAUCCCUGCAGCGAUUUUGAGAUCCGCUGUCGUCCAGCCCAUGGCUUCCACCAUGUCCUCAGCAUGACGAGCAAUAUGAGCGAGUUCACACGGGUGAUCAAGCGCCAGCGCAUCUCUGGUAACAUGGACCACCCUGAAGGAGGACUAGAUGCCAUGCUGCAAGCUGCUGUCUGCCAGAGGGCCAUUGGUUGGCGACCAGAGGCAAAGCGUCUUUUGCUCAUGAUGACCGACCAGCCUUCUCACCUCGCCCUGGAUAGCCGGCUGGCCGGGAUCGUCGUGCCACACGACGGCCUGUGUCACCUGGAGGACAACGUCUACAAAGGGAGCACCAGGAUGGACCAUCCCAGUUUGGGCCAAUUGUCUGAUAAGCUGCUUGAAAAUCAUAUCUUCUCCAUCUUUGCUGUGGAAAAGCAGCAGUACCAGUGGUAUGAGGAAUUGAUGCAACUGCUGCCUGGCUCCUACCUGGGAAAGUUAGGCCUCUUCCAGGCUCCGAAUCUCAUAGACCUGGUGGUGGAUGCAUACAAGAGGUUGUUAUCAGAGGUGGUGGUGUCUGUGUCAGUGGAGGACAAGGCAGUCAGCAGGUACUGGGUGUCUGUAACUCCUCUCUGUCCUGAUGGAUCCACUGCUAAAGAGCACAGCUGUAUGGGGGUGCAGCCUGACCAGACGGUCUACUUCAAUAUCACGAUUGGCCAGCACUCCUGUCCCGAUGAUGGUAAAGAUGAAGAUGUAACAGUCAUGGUCCGUCCUGUGGGUUACAAUGAAUCCACUGUCGUGAGGAUCCACUCUAAAUGUCAGUGCAGAUGUGGACCGGCGGGACAAUGCCAAGAUGCCAAGCAGUCGCCAUGCAGACAGACCCAAAAUGGCAACAAUCAGGAACAGAGGCCAAACUAUGGGAUGAUUAAGGACUCCGAUUCAAACAAGAAUUGCAGAGCAGAUGGGUCUGAUGUGGUCUGCAGUGGCCGGGGAGUGUGCGAAUGUGGGAAGUGUGUUUGCGAGCAGAGCAGGCUCGGGGCAGUGUACGGAAAAUACUGUGAAUUAGACGACUUCUCCUGCCCAUACGAAGGGGGGCUGUUGUGUGGAAGAAGUGUGUGGGCUGCCAUCUUUCUCAUGGUCUGGCACAAAAAGAGGCAGGACAGUGCAACCACACUUGUGCACCACUGGUCGGCUACAUGGAUGAUGUAUCAGGUACAGCUGGUAUAG